GCUGAACCGACCACGACCACAGCUGAACUGACCACGACCACAACUGAAACAACCACAACCACAACUGAUCGGACCACAACCACAGCUGAGCCGACCACAACGACAGUAGAACCAACCACAACUACAGCUGAACCAACCACAACCACAGCUGAGCCGACCACAACGACAACCACGACCACAGCUGAACCAACCACAACCACAGCUGGACCAACCACAACCACAGCUACACCAACAACAUCUACAGCUGAACCGACCACUACCACAACUGAAAUAACCACAACCACAACUAAUCUGACCACAACCACAGCAACUACAGCUGAACCGUCAACAACCACAACUGCUCCAACCACAACCACAGCUAACCCGACCACGACCACAACUGAAACGACCUCUACCACAGUUGUUCCAACAACAACCACACUGAACCGACCACAACAACAGGUCAAUCAACCACGACCACAGCUGAACCAACCACAACCCCAGCUGAGCCGGCAACAGCCAUCCACAGUUGAACCAAGAACAACUACAACUGAUCAGACCACAACCACAGCUGAACUAACAACAACCACAGCUGAACCAACCACAAUGACAGCUGAUGAAACAACAGCCACAACUGAACCAACCACAACCACACUGAACCGACCAGAACAACAGGUGAACCAACCACGACCACAGCUGAACCAACCACAACCCCAGCUGAGCCGACAACAGCCAUCUGAUGAAACAACAACCACAGCUGUACACACCACAACCACAGCUGAACCGACCACAACCAGAGCUCAGCCAACCACAACCACGCCAACUGUACCAUUCCCAACAACUGAUACAACAAAAACAGCAACUACACAAACUACAAUGAUAACAACAAUAACCACAAGAACUUCUAAACCAAUACCAACUACCAUACUACCACAAACCACAAGAACUACUGCACCAACAACUCCUACUCUUACUACACCAACAACCACAACAAACAGUACACAGACAACUACUAUUACUAUACCAACAACUACAACAACUACAGCAACAACAACUACUACAACUACACCAACAGCCACAACUACAACAACUACUACUAAACCGACAUCUAUAAAAACAACUACUACGGCACCAACAACACAACCAGCAACAACUGCAAGCGGUGCAUGUCGUGUUAAUAUUGGGUUCCUCCACCUUGUGCUUGCAUUGCUUAUUUUCAUCUUUUAGCUCCACAUGGGUGUAGCAGGAACACUUCAUCUGCU